AUGGAAUAUUUCAUGCUCUUCGGCUUUGUGGGAAUUCUCAGGGAAUCUCUCAAAAUCUUCUGCAAAAAUGGGAAGCUCAUGGCUUCUCUCUCCUUGUUAACACUCUCACUUUUCUCUUUAUUCUACUUGUGCUAUGUCUUUUCCAUCAAGCCAGUCAUCACCGACUUCCUCCUCAAGCAAAGUCUUCUGCCGGUCACCGACCCCAAAAGCUCGGAGUUCUUCCUCCUCCUCCUCGACUUAAAAGACGACAUCAGAGCAUUUGUCGGCAUAGAAUGGAUCUACGUUCUCAUCACCACUGCCGUCUCUUUGUUCUUCACGACAGCUGCAAUCAUCGCAGCUGCCAUGGUUCAUGGCGGCAGAAACUUAAACUUCAAGGAACUGUUGAUAUCAACCAUAAUAUCAUUCAAAAAAGUUCUCUUUACUUGGUUUUACACCACCCUUUUAGGGCUCGGUUUUGUUUUUCUUGUCGUGGCGUAUCUUCUCCCCAUGGUGGUUCUUGUGCAGCAGCCUCUCGCAGCGAAAGUCCUGGCUGUAAUCCUUGUAAUUCUAGCUUCGGUUCUCUAUAUUUACUUGGCUGUCAUCUGGAUUUUAGCCUUUGUUGUCUCAGUAUGGGAAAAGAAAAGGGGAGUCGAGGCACUUGGAAAGGCAGCGCAGAUAGUUAAGGGCAUGCAGCUGACUGGUUUUCUUCUGAAUCUUGUGUUUACAGUAUUGUUCAUGGUGCCUUAUGGAAUGAAUAUGAUGCUGGGAAUAUUGUACUGCCAGUGCAAGAAAAUCCAUGGAGAAAAAGUGGAAUUGCAGUGGGGUUCAGGGUAUAAUAAAGUGCCAAAACUUCCUCUUCUUGAUGAGAGUUUGGCAUGA